UCUACGGACUGUACACCAGACUAGAAUAAAGAGAAGUGAAAAAAAUAAACAAUAAAUAAAAAAAAGCCAGAAACUAAUAGUAGUAGUAGUAGUAGUACUUUUACCUUCCUCUUCCUCCUCCUCCUCCUCCUCCUCCUCUUUCAACUUUUCAAUCCAUCUCAAAGUUUCGUUUCCUUUCUCCAUGGCCACUUGCCAAACAACCGUCAACGACCUUCCGGACGUGAUCCUCACCAAUAUCAUCGCCGCCAUCUCCGACGUGCGGAGCCGCAACGCCGCCGCCUUAGUUUGCCGCAAAUGGCUUCUUCAAGAGCGCUCCACCCGCACUUCCCUCACUCUCCGGGGCAAGAUCCUGGACCUUUUCUUCCUCCCUACUUGUUUCCGAUCCGUAACUGACCUCGACCUCUCUUUACUCUCUCCGUGGGGCCACCCCUUGUUACCCCCCCACAUUCCCACCACCACCGCCACCCUCAUGGCCCUUGUUCUCCACCAAGCUUUCCCUGCAGUCACUUCCCUGACCCUCUACGCCAGAAACCCAUCAACCAUACAGCUCUUGGCUCCUCAAUGGCCGCGUUUAAAGCAUAUUAAGCUCGUCCGCUGGCACCAGCGGCCCCCGUUGGGAUCUGGGGAAGAAUUGCUAGCUUUGUUUCAGGAGAACACAUCAAUCAUUAGUCUUGAUUUGUCCAGCUUUUAUUGCUGGACGGAUGAUGUUCCCGCAGCUCUAGUUGAAACCUCAAACUUAACCAUCCUUGAUCUCCUGAACCCUUCAUUUUCCGAAGGGUUCAAGGCUAAUGAAAUCAUGGACAUCACAAAAUCAUGUCCUAAUUUGAAGGUACUUCGCGCGGCUUGUAUGUUUGAUCCUAGGUACAUUGGAUACGUUGGAGAUGAGAGCUUGGUUUCGAUUUCGGCUAAUUGUCCUAAAUUAUCCGUGCUUCAUUUGGCGGAUACCUCGGCUUUGGUGAAUUCCAGGGCAGAUCCUGAGUCUGAGGGGCUUACUCCUGAGGAUGCUAAGAUCACUGUGGCUGCCCUGAUUGAGUUGUUCUCGGGGUUGCCAUCGCUCGAAGAACUGGCUUUAGAUGUUUGUAAUAAUGUGAGAGAGAGUGGCCCUGCUUUGGAGAUGCUGAAAGUGAAAUGCCCCAAGCUGAGGUCACUCAAGUUAGGGCAGUUUCAUGGGAUCUCUGUGCCGAUCGAGUCAAGGUUGGAUGGGGUUGCGCUUUGUUCAGGGCUUGAAUCUUUGUCAAUAAGGAGUGUUGCGGACUUGACUGAUAUGGGUUUGAUUGCCAUUGGAAGAGGGUGUUGGAGAUUGGCAAAGUUUGAAGUUCAGGGUUGUAAUAAGAUAACCGUGAAUGGAAUGAGGACUUUGGCUAGUUUGCUUCGAAGGACUUUGGUGGAUGUCAAGAUUUCUUGUUGUAAGAAUCUGAAAGCAUCAACGUCAUUGAAAGCGUUAGAGCCGGUGCAGGAUCGAAUUAGGAGGCUCCACAUUGACUGCAUUUGGGAUGGUGUAGAUCAAUUUGAUGGGAUUCAGUAUGAUGUUGAUCUUAACGGAUUGGAUCAGGGUGGGGCAUCGAACCAGUUGGAUGGAUCUGUCAACUACUUUGGAGAUUAUGACAGUGAAAUCAUGUGCAGCAAGAAGAAGAGGUGCAGACACUCCUUUGAUCUGAAUUGCUCUCCCCUGCAAUUUAACAGCAGCGGUAAUGGAUUUUGCAGCAACUCAUGGGACAGACUGCAAUGUCUUUCACUUUGGAUUGGCGUGGGUGAGCUUCUAACCCCAUUGACUGCUGCUGGCCUUGAGGAUUGUCCAAACCUGGAGGAGAUCCAAAUCAAGGUUGAAGGAGAUUGCAGGGAAUGGUCAAAACAUACACAGUACCCCUUUGGGUUGAGCACUCUGGUGCAGUAUCCUCGCUUAACCAAGAUGCAUUUGGAUUGUGGAGACACCAUAGGUUAUGCACAGACUGCACCGUCUGGGCAGAUGGAUUUGAGCCAAUGGGAACGAUUUUACCUGAUGGGAAUAGGGGAUUUAAGUCUCAAUGAACUUGAUUACUGGCCACCACAAGACAGGGAUGUUAACCAGAGGAGUUUAUCUCUGCCAGCAGCUGGACUGCUCCAUCAGUGUCUUACCCUAAGGAAACUUUUUAUCCAUGGGACGGCUCAUGAACAUUUCAUGAGUUUUUUCCUUAGACUCCCAAAUCUCAGGGACAUCCAGCUGAGGGAAGAUUAUUACCCGGCACCAGAGAAUGACAUGAGCACGGAAAUGAGAGCAGAUUCUUUAAGCCGUUUUGAAGCGUCUCUGAACAGACGCCAUAUUUCUGACUGAUACACAGCGAUCAGAUGCUGGUGUGCAACCUAUGCGCAAUAACGAUAGAACAUGUUGUACAGCGUGAAUCUGUAACUGUUAAAAAAAAAAAAAAAAAAAAAUUUAACCCGGAUCUAGAUCUUUGACAUGUACACUUAGGCUUUGAAGACUGAAAACCAGUUCGAAUUUUUAUCAUA